AGUCCCAAAAUGAAAAUUUCGUAUUACAGUGUAAUGGAACAUUAUUAUUAGUAUAAUUUACUACAAGUGAACUGUAAUAUGCCAUAUUUCCAAAUAUCAACAAAGUUACUAUUUGCAGAGAACAUACAUAUGUGUGUGUAGAGUCUAAUGCAAAAUCUUAACAUGGAGCGAGAUAGCAUUGAUUUAGGGGAUACAACCACUGAUAAUUUGUAUCCUGCUCUCUUCCAAUGUUUUGCAAUUAUUUUAUGUGGGUACAUAGCAGGUCGUCUCAAUGUAGUGUCAUCUACAGAAUCCAAAGGAAUAGCCACAUUUGUAGGCACUUUUGCUUUGCCAUCCCUAAUUUUUCUCUCACUUGCUCGUCUAGACUUCAGCACUGUUAACUGGAUGUUUCUACUAGCUAUUCUACUGGCUAAAGGGAUUAUAUUCUUUUCUGUGAUAGCAGUCACCCUUCUUGUCUCAAAACCUAUAAAUUUGGGGACAGCAGGGAUAUUUGCCAUAUUUUGUACACAAAGCAAUGACUUUGCUUUGGGAUUUCCUAUCAUAAAUGCAAUAUAUGGAAAAACACACCCUGAAUAUGCAUUGUACCUUUAUCUCAUGGCGCCAAUAUCUCUGGCGAUUUUAAACCCUGUGGCGUUUGUUCUAAUGGAGAUCAACAAACAAAGAGAAAUCACUCAAUCUGUAACAAUUGAAGGCGAUGGAAGGAAGCAGUUGUCCAAGAUUAGAGUUUUGAAGCAAAUUUUAAAGGGAAUCACUUACAACCCAGUACUUGUUAUGACGGUUUUGGGUAUCCUUGGUAACAUCUUGUUUAAACACAAAUUGAGCAUUUACAUUGAAGGUCUUUUAGAGGUGUUUGGGCAAUCCUUUUCGGCUGCUGCUCUUUUCCUACUGGGGUUACACAUGGUCGGACAGAUACACAGGCUUAGAGGGCCAGCGCUUCUUUUGCCGUGCGUCUUAAUCAUGGUCAAAUUAAUAAUUCUACCUGUAGUGAUGAGAGAAUUUGUUAGUUCGCUUAAAACUGGAGCAAAUGAAUCUGAGACUUCUUCUCUAUCAACAUAUGCUUUUCUCUACGGGACUAUACCCACUGCACCCGCCGUCUUCGUGUUUUCUAAUUUGUACCAGCUGGAAAUAGAUCUGGUUAGUUUUUUCGACAUAGGACACAACAAACACUUAUUUUUAAGGAAAAAAUACGAAUAGAUUGUAGUUUGGUUGAAUGGUAAAGAUGAAUAGCCUCUUUGUGAGCCAUUA